AUCACUGUGAAGCUGGAGGACAUUGUGCAACUGUCUCCUCAUUAUGAGUGGAGAGGAAAGGAGAAACAACCUCCACCAUGGAGCGAUGAACUGGCUGAAAUGUCCAGACACAUCUACACCCGACACGGGACAAGUGAUCCAGCUCCCAAAACCAUCUUCCAGAACAGAGGCACCUAUUCCAGACGGAGCCGUCUCAAGAGGUCUGAUGGCAGUACCACCUCCACAAGCUUCAUCCUCCGCCAGGGUUCAGCUGAUUCCUACACGAGCAGACCGUCUGACUCAGAUGUGUCUCUGGAGGAAGAGCAGAGUGGCCAUCAGGAGCGAGAGCAGCAGGCCGCGGUGCAACUUGAGAGAGCUAAGGCUAAAGGAGUAGCCUUUGCUGUGAAAACGAAUGUCAGCUACUGUGGGGCUUUAGAUGAGGAUGUUCCUGUUGCUGGAACUGCCAUUUCUUUUGACGCUAAAGACUUUCUCCACAUUAAAGAGAAGUAUAACAAUGACUGGUGGAUUGGGAGACUGGUGAAAGAGGGCUGUGACAUUGGUUUUAUUCCCAGUCCUUUAAAACUGGAGAGUAUCCGUCUUCAGCAGGAGCAGAAAAGGGGACGAUUUCAUGGGUCGAAAUCCACUGGAAAUUCCUCCUCCAGUCUUGGAGAGAUGGUGUCAGGCACCUUGAAACCUAAUCCUCCCUCAGCAGCUAAACAGAAGCAGAAAGUGGCAGAACACAUCCCCCCUUAUGAUGUUGUUCCCUCCAUGAGGCCAGUGGUUUUGGUUGGUCCUUCAUUAAAAGGAUAUGAGGUGACAGAUAUGAUGCAGAAAGCACUUUUUGACUUCCUGAAGCACAGGUUUGAUGGCAGGAUAUCUAUUACAAGAGUGACUGCUGACAUUUCUUUAGCAAAAAGAUCUGUACUGAACAACCCAAGCAAGAGAGUCAUUAUUGAAAGAUCCAACACCAGGUCAAAUCUGGUGGAAGUACAGAGUGAGAUUGAGAGGAUCUUUGAGCUGGCAAGAUCUCUUCAGCUGGUUGUUCUGGAUGCUGACACUAUCAACCAUCCAGCUCAGCUGCUAAAAACUUCAUUAGCACCCAUUAUCGUUCAUGUCAAAGUCUCCUCUCCCAAGGUAUUGCAACGGUUAAUCAAAUCGCGUGGGAAGUCACAGAGCAAGCACCUCAAUGUACAAUUGGUGGCUGCUGACAAAUUAGCUCAGUGUCCACCGGAAAUGUUUGAUAUCAUUUUGGAUGAAAACCAGCUGGAGGAUGCAUGUGAACACCUGGCUGAGUACCUGGAAGCUUACUGGCGGGCAACACACACCUCUCUGAGCACUCCACUUAACCCUUUGCUGGGACGGAACUUGGGAUCUACUGCACUGACACCCUACCCCACGGCCAUCUCCACUCUGCAGAGCCAAAGAAACAGAAACAGGAAUCAUUUUAGUGACCGUUCUCCAAUAGAAAGUCACAGUUUGAUGACUUCAGCUGAGAACUACCACAAUACUGAGCGUCAGCAGGGGAGCAGGGAGCAAUGGCCGUUGGUGGAGGAGGACUACGCCGACCCGUACCAGGACUCAUACAAACCCCACCGCAGCCGUGGAUCUCCAGGGGGCUACAGUCAAGACUCGCACCACAGAGCCUGAGUCUGGCUUUACCUGUCUCUGGUAUCAUGUCUGUCCUUUCCUGCAAUGCUGUACCUUACAUUCCCUCCGGCACAGAUUUCCACCAAUAGAAAAAAGAUCUAGGGACCUGUGCUUUUGAUUGUUAUUAGUGUUUGUAACAUCUCUCUAUGAGAGGGAAAUUAUGGUACUAAGAGGGCCAAAGAUUAGCUCGUGCACACGUGGUGAAUUAUCUGAUCACGUAAGGGUCCAGGUUGUGCAUCUUGUAGCUCUUGCAGGCUGUGUUUUCUCUGUGUUUGCAAGAGCAGAUGGUAAGCAUG